ACGACGCUCGCUAGGUUAGGUUUUGCGUUGGCGAAAUUAUUUUAUUUUAAAUUGCAUAGUUCAUAAAAAUGCCUGAAUUGGAGAAACGUAAAGCAGACGACUAUUCUGUCGUCCCAUCCAAAAAGACCCGACAUGAAAUAUCAGUGGUUGGAACUAGAGAAAAAGCCGUGGUUACUUCUUCGGUACCACGCACAUCAAACCUCUAUGCGCCUAUUAUGCUGCUGGAAGGCCACCAGGGAGAGAUAUUUACAACCAGAUUCCAUCCUGAGGGAAAACAUUUAGCAUCUGCUGGCUUUGACAGACAAAUUUUUGUAUGGAACGUCUACGGACAAUGUGAGAACAUAAUGGUGAUGAAAGGCCACACGGGUGCCAUUAUGGAGAUAAAUUUCUCCCCAGAUGGCUCCCACUUAUACUCGUGUGCUACGGACAACACGGUGGCUGUGUGGGACGUCCCAACUGGGACUAGGAUUAAGAAGCUGAAGGGACAUGCUAAUUUUGUAAACUCUUGUUCAGGAGCCCGUCGCGGCCCCGAGCUCCUAGUCUCAGCCUCAGACGACAACACCAUCAAACUGUGGGACGCCAGAAAAAGGAACCCCAUUGCCUCCUUCGACAGCGAGUACCCGGUCACAGCGGUCCUCUUCAAUGAUACUGCGGAGAAGAUCAUAUCGGGAGGCAUAGACAAUGUGGUUAAAGUCUGGGAUAUUAGGACUAACAAGAUCUCGUAUAAGAUUAAAGGACAUACUGAUACAAUUACAGGUCUAGCGCUCUCCUACGACGGUUCCUACCUCCUAUCGAACGCGAUGGACAGUACGCUCCGCAUCUGGGACGUGCGCGCCUUCGCGCCCACCGAACGCUGCGUCAAGCUGCUGGCCGGACACCAUCACAACUUCGAGAGGAACCUGCUGCGGUGCGCGUGGUCUCCUGACGGCUCCAAGGUGACAGCGGGUUCAUCGGAUCGCUUCGUGCACGUGUGGGACACGACCUCUCGCCGCGUGCUCUACAAGUUGCCGGGACACCGCGGCGCUGUUACUGACGCUCACUUCCAUCCUAAAGAACCUAUUGUACUGUCCGCUAGUAGCGAUAAACUGCUCUACCUCGGGGAGAUAGAGCCAUAGAUAUAGAGUCUGACCAAAAUGCCCGGGAACGUGAAGGAACCAUACUAAAGAAUCCAUCCGUGCUGUCAGCCAAGUAGUGAUAUACAGCUAUCUAGGGGAGAUAGAGCCAUAGAGACCAUAGACUCUACUAAAACUUGGUGCAGUUACUGACGCCCGGUUGCAUCCUAAAGAACCCAUUGUACUGAUACUUGAACCCAUUGUACGCCGGCAGUGAUAAACUGCUCUACCUUGAGGAGAUAGAGGCAUAGAGUUAGACUAAGCUGCCCAGACACCUGGGGCCCAUUUCUCGAACGAUAUUAGACUAAUAUUAUUAGUCCACGAACUGUCAAAUCGACGGGUUAAUGGGUUGCCAUGACAACACACUAAUAUUAUUAGACUAAUAACUAACUUUCGAGAAAUGGGCCCCUGAAGGAACCACACUGUCCGCUUCCAUACUGAGGAACCUAUCGACUAGUCAGUACAUCCGUACUCUAGUGCUUUAUUUUUAUAUCGGAUUUGGCUCAAGGGUUGAUCAUAAAAUUAAAAACAAAAUGCUGGUACCAUCUGUAACAUACUUGUCCAGCCAACUUUAUGGUACUGUCUGCAAGUAUAAGAUUAAAUGUGAGUGUGUUUAGUAAAACGUCCCACUUUGUCGGUUACCAUUAAAGCGAGAUUUACUUGUAUCUUUAUAUGAAUAAACCGACAAAGCGACUUUUUAGCAAUCAACAAACGGACGUUUUCCCUUGCACACUCAUAAAUGGUUUUGAUUCACUGACUUAAUUUAGUUUAU